AUGCCGGUCAGGAGGGGACAUGUGGCCCCACAGAACACCUUUCUGGGGACCAUCAUCAGGAAAUUCGAAGGACAAAAUAAGAAAUUCAUUAUUGCUAAUGCCAGGGUUCAGAACUGUGCGAUUAUUUACUGUAAUGAUGGCUUCUGCGAGAUGACGGGAUUCUCAAGGCCAGAUGUCAUGCAGAAACCAUGCACCUGUGACUUCCUCCACGGCCCCGAGACCAAGAGACAUGACAUUGCACAGAUAGCGCAGGCCUUGCUGGGGUCAGAAGAAAGGAAAGUCGAGGUCACCUAUUACCAUAAAGACGGUAAGACG